UUUGCACAUGCGCAGUGGGGUAGUCUCAGCCAUCUGCAGGAAACCAAUUAGCAGGAAUAAAGAGCUAAGUGUUUUUCUCUCCUCUAUGUUCAGACCUCACUCUACCUCUCCCCCUCUCACACCCCUCCGUCCCUCUGUUUACUGUAGAUAUAGCUUUAAGAAGACGAUUUUAGGAACACAGAGAGGAGGACUGUGUUAUGCUGCUCUCUCUGCGGCUGUCCUCUCCUGCACGCUCUCUGGUCCAAAGGGAAUAUGUGGAUGUUCAGUAGACCCGCUAUUUGACUGGAUUACUACAGAUACAGAUACAGUCCAAGGAGUCCAGAGACGCCGCCGCCACAGCCGCACAGAUGUGGGGUAGUGAUGCGUGGCUGCUGUAGGAGCCAUUAUGGACAGCGGUGAGGGAGGGAGAGGAAGGGAUGGAGGGAGAGAGGGAGGAGAACCUGACAUCAGCACCAAGCCGUUAUCUCAUCCUCUCCUGACCCCGGAAGUGAUUCCUUGUAAGGGGUCGCCCUCUCGUACCUCAGCCCCGGCCCCUGCCAAAGAGCCCUCCAACCUGAUCCAGACAGAGCAGGGGGGUGCAGAGGGGACCGCAGGCAGAGAGGAGACCCCAGAAGGGGAACGGGGUAUAUACUCACAGAAUAAUGGUGUGACACUGAAAGAAGAGCAAGAGAAGGAAGAGAAGCUAAAUGAGAAGAAGGAGAAAGAAAGAUUGUUACUAGUGGACGACAGAGAGGAAACGGGAAGAAAAAACCUUGCACCAGCCCUCAGCAGCAAAGACAGAGGAGAAGAGGAAAAAGAGAAGAAAGAGGAAGAGGAGGAGGAGAGGGAAGAGGCCAUCUCAAACCAAAGCCAAACCAAAUCCAAAUGUAGUCUAUUACCUCGACAGAGCCAGCACAGUUCUGCUUCCAGCACUGUUAUGGCCAGUGGCACAUUGAACAGCAACAUCCACAUCACUCCUUCCAAUUUUCCAAAGCACUCUACCUCUCCUUCUACCUGUCCAAAGCUCUCAUUAUCACCUUCCAAUUCUCCAAAGCACUCUACCUCUCCUUCCACCUCUCCAAAGCGCUCCAGCUUUUCCCCCUUCUCUCCUUAUCCUCAGAACGAGACAGAGGUGAGAGACACAGGAGAAGUGCAGGGCAAUAGUCCUAGUUUUCCUCUGAGCUUUAAACCCCAGCAGUCUGCUCUGUCUAAGUCCACCAGCCCACCUGCUAAGGAUGAUGGUAGGGCAGACGCCACUCACACUUCCCUUAUUGCCAAUGGAGACACCGCCAAAGUUCCAAAACCAAACAACAACCCAGAAGUGAGAGAUGGAGAUAGAGAGAUGGAAAUAGAAAGAGAUGAUGAUGAGGGAAAUGGAGAGAAAGAAAUAGAGGGAGAUGAGAACAUAGAGACUGUAUCUAAGUACCUCCACUCCUCUCCCUCCUCUUCCUCCUCACCCUCCUCUCCAGUCUCACUGAACAGUCACAUGGCAUUGAUGCACUCCCGGAACUCCUGCAAGACGCUUAAAUGCCCCAAAUGUAACUGGCAUUACAAGUCCCAGCAGACACUGCAAGUCCACCUCAGAGAAAAACACCCAGAGUCUGGGGGCUCAUGUGUGUGUGGGGGCUUGGGGGAGAAUUGUGUUUGUGGAGGGUCAAGGGGUGUGUGUCUGUACUGUAGCACAGGGAAGGCCCAUCCUCGUCUAUCCCGGGGGGAGAGUUAUGUCUGUGGGUACAAGCCCUACCGCUGUGAUGUGUGUGAUUACGCCACAUCCUCUAAAGGAAACCUCAGCAUACACAUGCAGUCAGACAAACACCUCAGCAACGUACAGGCAGCGGGACAAACACAACAUGCGCACAGCACACACAGCGGGGGCUCCACUGUCAGAGACACGGCAGGCGAUCAGGUGUACGGACACACACACCCCGAAGUCACGCAGCCCCCUGAAAACACACCGCCCUACCCCAGCCAUACCUCCUCCCAGGGUAAGAGGUGGCGGUGUGAGGUGUGUGAUUAUGAGACCAGCAUUGCGCGGAACCUGCGCAUACACACCACCAGCGAGAAACACACACAAAAUGUGCUGCGCCUGAAACACACACACAACGUACUGCAGCUGCAGAGAAGCUACUACCUGGCCCACUGCAGGAGUCUGCCUCCUCAACUCACACUGCUACACAGCAUAGGUGGGCAGCAGUCUUUGGAUAUGCAUCAACUAACAGCAGAGGAGCCAGUUGCCCCAGAUUCAACCCUGACCCCCUCCCCCUCUCCUCCUCCCUCCUCCUCACCAUCCCCUUCUCCAUCCCCCUCUCCCCCUCCUCCCCUGUCUCUUCUCCCCCUUCUCCCCCUCCUCCCCGUGUCUCUCUCUCCUCUUCUCCACUCUACCGUGGUGUGUGUCCGGUGCCUGGUGUGUUUCAGUUUCUCCUCUGACAGUCUGGAGUCUCUUGGGUCUCACCUGAGUGGCCCCCGCUCCCUGCCCCAGUCUGAGUGGCGUUGUCUGGUGGCCGGAGGCUGCUAUUGCAGGAGGAGCUUGAAUAAAGGAGAGGAGCUAGCUGCCAUCUUCAGCAUCAGGAAGUGUACCAGUCCUGAGAUAGAUGAAAGCAGUGAGGGGGGGGAGAGGAGAGAUUCCUUAUCCCCAGCCAAGCGAUCAUUCUCUUGGCUGGAGGAGACACAGAGCCCCCUCUCUCCCAAAAACCACAGAACCGACAAACACUCCACUGACCAACAGACUACUGCCAAGUGCCCACUGUGCCAGGACACACUGGUACACACACACCUGAGACGUCACCUCACACUCACUCAUAGUGUGGCCCAGGACUGUGUGGACAAGCUCAUGAGCACUGUGGCAGUGGAGUUGCCAGAGAUUCUACAGAAAGAGACACUGCAGAGGGAUUCCCAUUCAAACGACUCCAACACAAACGAAUAUCAAACAAACGAUUUCAACACAAUCGACUUUUACGCAAAGGAGUCCCUCAGAAAUGAGUCUCAAUCAAACGACUCCCAUAUAAAUGAAGAAGAAGUGAUACCAGCCAAAGAUGUCCCUGCUCUGCCCACCCGUCCUUGUGAGGACCAGCAUCUAGCAGAGGACAACACCUCUCACCUCCCAGAGUCCCCCAGCUCUCCCCCUCCCCCCCCCACUCCUCCCUCUCCCUCCCUCAGCCACCUCCCUUCAUCCACCUUACCCCCCUCUCCUCCCAGCGAUGCCCCUCCCUCCUCUGAUCGUCAUGGUUACAGGUUCCGCUGUGGCAGGUGCAGUCUAGCAUUCCGGACACAGGAGAAGCUGAAGCUGCACUGGCAGUACCAUGCCAUGAGGGCGGCGACAGAGUGCCACCUCUGCCCCAGACGCUGCCGCAGCCAAGAGGCCCUGCAGAGACACCUGCUCAACACACACCUACAGGACCUACACCUACAGGGUACACACCCUGACCAGAGUGGAGCACACGUCCAACGACAAACCAGCCUGGAGGGGGAGGAAGAGGAGGGGGAGAGUAUGAGUGAAGAAGAGACGGAUAAGGAGGAAGAUGAUGAGGAGGGAGAGCAGGGAAAGGGAGAUGAAGGAGAGGAGGAUGAAAAGGAUGACCCAGAUGAGGAGGAGAGGCCCAGUCCAGGGGUUAGUAAUAGUGACAAGGGUUCAGGGCAGCAGGAGGAGGAGACAGGGUCAGAACCCAGCCCCCUCAUCAAGGGCUCGAACCCGACUCUGGAGCGGUUCCUGGACCCGGCUCGGCCCUACAAGUGUUCCUUCUGCUGUGAGUCCUUCACUCAGAGAACCAUCCUGCUGGUCCACUAUAACUCUGUGUCUCACCUCCACCGAGCCAAAGCCAGACGGGCCCUGCAUGACUCCAGCCCCAGUCAUGCUGACACCCCCCAGGGCCUGGAACCAAGCCCCUACCGCUGCAGCCUGGCCCCUGACCCCAGGCCCUACCGCUGCAGAAUGUGUAGGGUGGCCUACAGCCAGAGCUCCACCCUGGACAUCCACCUCCGUUCUGUACUGCACCAGACACGAGCCCGUGGAGCUCGGACCCAGCUAUCACUGAACCCCCACACCCGCCAAACCCUAGUUCCAGCCUUGGUUCAGACCACUUCCUCCAGCCGUUCACCAGGGGGAGGAGAGGUAUCUACCAGGGGAACCACCCCAACAGCCACCAGAUCAGCCCCUUCCUCCCCAAGUCCCUGUUCCUCCCUCAGUGAAGCCCAGCUGAGUGUGGGUGUCUCUGGGAAGGCUGAGGGCCACCAGGCUAAGAGGCGGAGAGUAGAGGACCUGACAGCAUCUGGAGGACAGCAGGACCUAACGUUACUCCAACAGCAGGUAGCCCAGGCCCAGAUGCCACAACAGCAACAUAAGUUAGCCCAGGCCCAUAUAGAGGAACACACAGCCCUCCUCCAGCCCCAGCUCUUUAGUCCAACACUGCUCCCACACCUCCCCUUACUGCAACAGAACCUCCUAAAGCAGCACCUCCCUUCAGCAGCAGAGAUUCUCCAACACGGGAACCUCUUCCCUCCCCUCCCCUUAUCCCCAGACAGCCUAUUCUCUCUACAGCAGCAGCUGCUCCUGUCCUUCUACCUUUCUGGGGGGUUGCAUCUCAACCCCAACACAACCCUUAUGAAUCAGACCACCUCAGCUGUCUCCCCUCAGACCACCUCAGCUGUCUCCUCUCAGAUCACCUCAGCUGUCUCCUCUCAGAUCACCUCAGCUGUCUCCCCUCAGACCACCUCGGACCAACACCCCCAGAUAGAGAGGCUUGAACCUCCCUCUCCACAGCCAGAGAUGAAUAGAAUCCAGUUUCCAGGCCAUGCCCCGAAAUGUGAAACCCAGGCUGAGACCGCUGACAGUGACUCCCCCCUCCACCAGACAGAGAAAGAGUACAACCCAUCCUCCCCUCCUGAGGGAGAUGGAGAGAAGAACGGAGAGAUGCAGGAGAGUGAGAAGAAGGAGAGAGCAGAGAAGGCCCUCAGAGUUCUGUUGGAAAGAUACGGCUGGGAGCUGGCCCUACAAAGCACUCAGAGCAGACAGAGACAGCAGAACAGAGAGAUGGAGGGAUGCCUGGAGGAGGAGGAGAAGCAGUGUGGAGAAUGUGGGAAGCUGUUCUCUGACUCUCUGAUCCUGAAGAGCCACCAGGAGUUUGUUCACCGCCAGAUGAUCCCUCCUGUAGUGUUGGAGAUGUUCUCCAGACAGUACAGGCUGCAGUACGACCGCCUCUACCCCCUCAGACCCUUCACACCGGGGGACACUGAGACUACUGUUGUUGCACCCCUAACCCCAGCUUCAGCACCUGCACUUGCACCUUUACCCCCAGCACCAGCCUCAGAUUCAACCCUCGACCAAGCCCAAUCCCUCUCCGUCUCCCAAACCUCAGUCCCAGCCCUUAUCCCAGCUGCAACCCUAACAGCCAUAGACACAGACCCAGCUGUGCCCCCACCACCAGCAUUCGUAUCUGUAACCCUGUCCCCAGACCAAGCCAGAGCCUCACCAACACCCUCUCUUCCUCCUCCACCCCCCCGCCAACCACAACCACUUUCAGAGCAGGACAGUACCACAACGACAACCACCCCUUGCCCUGACCCCUCUCAAACUAUCAUACACAGGCCCAAACUUUCCAUACCCCCUCUCCCCUUACCCCAACUCCCCCUGCCCCGUCUUCCUUUAUCCAACCUCUCCUCUCUUCCCUUCCCCAUAGACCCCUCUCUCCUCCCCCUUGGUCUAAUGCAGCCCAUAGCCUUCCAGUCAAUGCUUCAGUACCAGUCCCUGUUAUCGUCCUGCCACCAACCACCCUUAUCCCUAUACACCAACACCCAUUCUGCUCCUAGCCUAGCCCUACCCCCAUACACUACCACCCACUCUGCUCCUACCCAGGCCCUACCCCUACACUACCACCCACUCUGUCCUAGCCCAGCUCUACCCCCAUACACUACCACCCACUCUGCUCCUAGCCCAGCCCUACCCCCAUACACUACCACCCACUCUGCUCCUAGCCCAGCUCUACCCCCAUACACUACCACCCACUGUGCUCCUAGCUCAGCUCUACCCCCAUACACUACCACCCACUGUGCUCCUAGCUCAGCUCUACCCCCAUAUACUACCACCCACUGUGCUCCUAGCCCAGCCCUGCCCUCUCUGAAGCGUAGGCUGGAGGAAGGGACAGAGGUUAGGCCUAUGAGUGAUGUGAUGGCCGGUGAUGGAGAGGAAGGGGGAGAGAGGGAGGGAGAGGGGGAUGAGCAGAGGAGGGAAAGGCGCCAGAGGACCACCAUCAGUGCAGAGCAGCUAGAGGUUCUGUACCAGCGCUACAGUCUGAACUCCAACCCAACCCGCUCUGUACUGGAGGGCAUCACCAGGGACACAGGCCUGAAGAAACGUGUGGUGCAGGUAUGGUUCCAGAACACCAGGGCUCGUCAGAGGAAGGGCCAGCUCCAGACCCUGGGGAGAGGAGGUUUAGGUGUGGGUCUGGGUGACAACCACAGGCGCUGUCCGUUCUGUAGGGCUUUGUUCAAGGCUCAAAGUGCCCUGGACGCCCAUGUUAGGGCCCGCCACUGGUCCCAGACUGACAGACCUGCCUAUGGUUUGUCUCAUCAGAUAGGUUCCGCUGAUGUCUUCAGCUUUUCUCACAACCAUGGAUCCUACAGAGACAGGGAGGUUCCCCCACUCUCCCUCCAGCAUUCUCCCUCUCUCUCCCACCAUCCUUCUCUCCCUCCCUCCCUCCAUCCCUCCCCGAACCCCUUUCAUCCCUCCCCAAGCCCCGGGGUCAUCCCCACUGAGAGAAAAUACAUUUCUGGGGAAACAGAUUUGACCUUUGACCUGAACGAACCCGACAUGGAAGAGGAGGAAGAGGAAGAAGGUCUGUCAGUAAAAAUAUUCCCUUCGUCUGACCAGGCUCAUGAGGGUAACCAUAGCAAUCUGUUGUCUCUGGGAUACAAAUAUGGGAUGGCAAGCUUCAACGUUCAUGACUGUGACCAGAACUCCAGUCCAAGUCUGUCUGAGAGUGUGGAUAGGCAUGGACCGCGACAGCAGCAGCAGCAGAGGCAGCGUACACAGAUGACCCCCCAGCAGGUGGCCAAGCUCAGAGCCUGUUACAGGGAGCACCCCACCCCCAGCCCCCUGCAGUGUGAGGGCCUGGGACGGCAGCUGGGGCUCCCACGCAGGGUGGUGCAGGUGUGGUUUCAGAAUGGUCGGGCCAAGGAGAAGAGGGCAAGGAGCCUCAGAGUCGACCCCACCACAGGAUAGAGGGAAAGGCAGCAGAGGACAGGGGAGAGAACGCACACAGCCAUGAACUAAGUGCACGUCACUCACAACAAUAAACCAACCGGAUGCCACAGAAGCCAAAGAGCAUUCUACCAGUGUACCUCACCCCUUACUCAGCCCCAAAACAUCACAGGGCAGACCUCCUCUAGAGCUUUAAGACCCCACUCCUCUGUUCCUCUGUCUCUCCUUUCCCCUCCUCUCCUGUCCUCCAACCGAUACCUCAGGAGUUAACCCCUCCAUGCCAACAGAUGUCCCUGUUCUGACCAUAGAAUCUGGAGAACCAGGACACAGUAUGUGUCUGUUUAAAGACUUUACUAGUGCAAGUAUCAAACUGUUAGACGUUUUAGUGUAUAUAACGUUCUUUCAAAGUAUAAGAAAACUGAAAGAAACAAAAGCAGCUACGGAAAACAAAAAUGUUAAAUAUUCUUUACAAAGAGCAUCUGCAAAGACUGGCUUGGAUUCCAAAGCUCGUAACCAAAACCUUACAUGUCCGUGGAUUGUGUUGUCAACAUGGUGGUUUUCAUUUCCAAACCACAGUACAGACCAUACAGUGAAGAGUAGAACUGAGACUGGUGCGUAGACUGACUGGUCUACGUGGUGCUGAAGCAGACCUCAACCUUCUCAAGCCAAUGAUGACUCUACUGCACAUGUACUGAACGCUCCUUAUGUGGAUAAUAGGCCAAAUAGCACUGAGCUAAGUCCACUUUGUCCUUUAUGUGAGAGGUCAUAUAAGAAGCUAUUUUGAUAACGGUCGACCAAUAUAUGUCACAACUUUAACCAAACACUACACAACAUUGUCUGUGUUAAGUAAAUGUUAAUGAAAAUGAAUAUUAUGGAUUAACGGUCGUUAUUAUGCUUUGAUAAGACAAGUGUUAUUUUGUGGUGUAUGAGAACAUAAUGUAGGCGUUAUGAUGUGGAGUUGCCUUUUCUUCUUAUUUGAGUAAAAAUACCAAUACGUAGUGUAAUAUAAUUCCAUGUCUACUAUACUCAGGCCAACUGAACUGUUUUUUAUUUGGUCAUAAUAAUGUACUAGUCUCUCUUCUGUUCCUAAUGCCAGACACAAAGUCUGUUUCGAAACCUUAUGAUGUAAAUAUUGACUGUUGAUAUGAAGUUCCUGUAAUGGUCGUUCUGAAGAAACCUCUGGAUUUGAGAGAUCUGAGCUUUCUGACCCAUAAUUGAUGGUUCCAUUAUUACAAUGUUAAAUGGUGUGAGGGGUAAAUUAAUGUACAGUAUGUAGCUUUUAUAUGGUCGACUCAGUCUCCCCUGAGACUGCCUCUGUUCUGACGGACCAUACUCACCGAGAGUUACUGACGUUAUACUGAUGAAAACUUCGGAUGUUGUGUGCACUUAACUCUAUCUCACACACUCUGUUUUUCUUUCUUUCUCUCUCU